AAUUCUUUUAAGAGGGUGAAGAGAAGGGUCUCCGACCCACGUCUAACCGUUGUUUCUUUAUUCAGAAGAAAGUCAGUGAGUGGGCUGGCUAAUAAAACUUGCACUGGAACAUCCAAAAGAUACCAGCUCUGCAAAGUACAAGUAAGGAUAUCCUUUUUCUCAUUAGUGAUGUUUAAUUUUUUUUUUUUUAAAUAAGAGAAGUCUUGCUUGCUUCAUGUGGCAUUUCUGUGCCCCUUGGAGUGGGGACAUCAUUUGUCCUGUAGCUGUCACCCCACUGGCCCUGCAAGCAGCUGGAGCUCCAUUUUCUGGCCCUUGUUGCUGCUGUGCUGGGGGCUUUGGGUCCCUUUCUUUGUCCUGGGGCCAUAAAACCCAGCAGGUCGUUCUUCACCAUCUCCCCAGGGGGUUUCCCCAGCUGUCCCUGUGAUGGGAGGAGGAGGAGGAAGAUGUGGUUCUGCACAGGGCAGGCAAUGGAAAAGCUCCUUGCAGCUCGGUUGAGAUGUGCCAGAAACCUUUCCCACAGUCUGUUUUCAUCAGGAUGUUAAUGUAUCCCAUUCUAGGAGUGCCCUGCAAACGGAAGGAGCUUUCGAGAGGAGCAGUGUUCAUCCUUUAACUCCCAUGUGUAUAAUGGAAGAACGUAUCAAUGGAAACCUUUAUAUCCUGCAGGCGUUCACGUGGCUCCUGGGGGAUUUGCAGGAUAAUGUUUUGCCAUUGAUGCUGCCUUGCUUGGGCGCGCAGGCCAGUGGGUAUAUCGCUGCUCCCUCCUUGGCGGAGUGCAACGCUUGGUGCUGGGUUGCUGGUGCAAACCUGAAUUUGUCACUUGCUUCCUGUGGGUAUUAAAAAGUGUCUGUUGGGCGCGGGUCUGCUGCGCCAGUGGGUGCAGCCAGCCAGCUGCCUGCGGAAAGCAAAGGGCAAAUAGAGUCCAGCUUGGGUGAAUGUUCAUCGAAAAGCUCUUACGUUUUAAGCUGCUACGGCUUGAAUAUAGCCUUGUAUAUCUAUUUAAAACAGUGAAUGUCUAUGCUAAUGUAACUAAAGUAUUAAAUAUUGAUACGUGAACAUGCACAUGCUGUUGUGUGAUGUAUGUAUUGCUACUGCAAGCCUUUGCACGGAAUAGUGGCAUCCUCAGGCGGGUGCUGGCGGUGCCACUAGUGUCAGCAGAUGCAUCUGUUGCUGGCAGCAGCGAGGGCUGCCUGGCUGUGCAGAGGCUUGCAGCAGCAGGCUGUCACGCUGUCAGAGCACAGUCUCCUGUCCAGCCUGCAAGCACAGGGGAUUGUAGCUCUUGAAGCGCUGGCUGCCGUGCAGUUGUGUUGUUGCUGCCGUUGUUUAGCUUGGCAGAGAUUCUUUGACAUUAGUUGGAUGAAAGUUAUUGUUUCUGCUGUUUUUGAAUGUAUCUUUAUAUCCUUUCCCCUUAGAUGACUAUGUUCACAUUUCUAGCAAGCCCUGUGACCUCCAUUGCACCACUGUGGAUGGUCAGAGACAGUUAAUGGUUCAGGCUCGGGAUGGAACAUCCUGCAAAUACACUGAUUUCCGAGGGGUUUGCGUGUCUGGAAAAUCCAAUUGGCUGCGAUGGCAUUCUCUUUUCCACCCACACCUUGGAUAAAUGUGGAGUUUGCCAAGGAGAUGGGAGCAGCUGCACUCAUGUGACUGGGAGUUACCGCAAAGGGAACUCUCAUCUUGGCUAUUCUCUGGUAACGCACAUUCCUGCUGGAGCAAGGGAUAUCCAGAUAGUAGAACGGAAAAAAUCUGCAGAUGUUCUGGCUGUGGCUGACGAAGCUGGCUACUACUUCUUCAACGGGAACUACAAAGUUGAUAGUCCAAAGAACUUCAACAUUGCAGGCACGGUGUUCAAGUACCGCAGGCCCAUGGACGUCUAUGAGACUGGCAUAGAGUAUAUCGUUGCCCAAGGACCGACAAAUCAAGGACUGAAUAUAAUGGUCUGGAAUCAAAAUGGCAAGAAUCCAUCCAUCACAUUUGAAUACACUCUCCUGAGGAAGCCACACUCAAAAAAUCUCCAGCCCAUCUACUACACCUUUUCUGAGUCAGAUAGUGAAGAAAGCAGAGAGUUUGAUGGAGAUGUGCCAUUGGGCUUUAUCCAACACAACGCAACCUAUUUUGGGAAGAUCUCCAGGGAAAGGAUAGACUUGGAGAACCAGGUGUUUGGAAGACAGGACACGGAGGAAGAUUUAAACUUGAGCAAAGGUCAGGAAACCAAUGAGGUCUAUGAAAGAGCAGAAACAAUUGACUGUGAGCCAAAACUGAAGGGCAAACAACCCAAAGAUUCAAACGUAACCAGGUCUACUUACCAGACAGACCAUGAUGACAGAGACUUCGACCCCAGGCUCACCUCCAGGGAGUUCCUUUCGGAGAAUGCCAUCACGGACAAGCUGCUGGACAAGUCGUCCGACUCAAAGGAGCUGGUGCUCAACAUGACCAUGAACAGCAUCUUCGCCCAGGGAGACCCACUCAACUCUGUGGGGUCGCACAUUGACAGCCUCUAUGUUGACUAUGAGGACACGGAUGGCCUGGUGACCUACACCAUCAAUAGCACCUACAUGGAGCUGAGCAAUGGCAAAGCCGUCAACACAUCUGCGGAGACACCCUUCUCAAACACCACUGUCACCAUGACCAGCCCUCAAGGGAACAGAACCCACAAAGCAAGAAACAGAUUGAAGUUGUUAAGAAAGGGCCAAGGUGUGAGUGCUGCUGACAUGUACAGGUGGAAGCUUUCCUCCCAUGAACCCUGCAGCUCUACAUGUACCACAGGUAGUUAUAAGACGCAGCCAAGCGCAGCCUCUGCACAGCCGCCGAAACCACCCGGAGUGAUGUCCACGUAUGCUAUGUGUGUGCGCUAUGACGGGAUCGAAGUGGACGAUACGUACUGUGAUGCCAUGACCCGCCCCGAGCCCGUCCAUGAGUUCUGUGCUGGGAGAGAGUGCCAGCCAAGGUGGGAGACGAGCAGCUGGAGCGAGUGCUCCCGCACGUGCGGCGAGGGCUACCAGUUCCGCAUCGUGCGCUGCUGGAAGAUGAUCUCCCCGGGCUUCGACAGCUCCGUCUACAGCGACCUCUGCGAGUCGGCCGACAUCACCAGGCCGGACGAGCGCAAGGUCUGCAAGAACCCAGCCUGUGGGCCCCAGUGGGAGAUGUCGGAGUGGUCGGAGUGCUCAGCGCGAUGCGGCGAGCGCAGCGUGGUGACCCGGGACAUCCGCUGCUCGGAGGAGGAGAAGCUGUGCGAUGCCAGCGCCCGGCCCCUGGCUGAGAAGAACUGCACCGGGCCGCCCUGCGACCGCCAGUGGACUGUCUCCGACUGGGGACCGUGCAGCGGCGGCUGCGGGCAGGGCAGGAUGAUCCGGCACGUGUACUGCAAAACCAGCGACGGGCGCGUGGUGCCGGAGUCGCAGUGCAACCUGGAGACGAAGCCGCUGGCCAUCCACCCCUGUGGGGACAAGAACUGCCCAUCACACUGGCUGGCACAGGACUGGGAGCGGUGCAACACCACGUGCGGCCGGGGUGUGAAGAAAAGGAUCGUGCUCUGCCUCGAGAUUGUCAACGGCAAGAUCAAGACCCGCAACCCUGCCGACUGCGACGUGGCCAAGAAGCCCGUGGAGGAGACGACGUGCUUCGAGCGGCCGUGCUUCAAGUGGUACACGACCCCCUGGUCGGAGUGCACAAAAACCUGCGGCAUCGGCGUGAGGAUGCGGGACGUGAAAUGCUACCAGGGGAAGGACAUCGUCCGUGGCUGCGACCCGCUGGUGAAGCCAGUUGGCAAGCAGACCUGUGACCUGCAGCCCUGCCCCACGGAGCCCCCAGAUGACAGCUGCCAAGACCAGGCAGGAACCAACUGCGCCCUGGCCAUCAAGGUGAACCUGUGCAGCCACUGGUACUACAGCAAAGCCUGCUGCCGCUCCUGCCGUGCUCCCCACUCCUAGUGCGGGGCUGGGGGGGGCCUGGCCAGCCUGCUCCCCCCGCCGCCGGGGCCCCAGGCACCGUGCAGGGCGAGCUGCCGGGCCCUAAGGGCGCUUCCAUCCAUCCUUCCCUGCCGGCACAGAACUGCUCCCCUCUCCUCCCUGGUCAUCAGAGCUGUACAUAGGUCCUGUAUAUUUGAUUUUCCCCCGACGGCAGCCGUUCACCUCUUUUACAAGGUCUUGUCCUUUGGUUUCUUUCUGCCUGAGCAGGUUUGGGGUUGGCAAUAGGGCAGCGUGAACCUGUUGGAGCACCAGCACCUUUCCCUUGCAGGGGGUUAGUGCCUCCUCCCUGAUUUUUUUUUCCCCCAAAUCUGUGCUCUCAUGAGCCGCAUUUAACACGGUGGGGAGCUGAUCAUCUGCUAAAUGAACUCGAGCCCAGGCCCUUUUUUUUUUUGUAAUAUGUAGGUGUAUACUUUUUCAGAGGAUUUUAUCUUAUAAUCAAAUGGUAGUUCCAUAGUCCUUACAGAAAAAAACCGUAAUGCUGACAUAUUGUAUAUAAUAUGGAAACAUAACUGCACUUUAUAUCACAAAAAAGACGUGCUCUUUUUUAAUAUAUUUGUUUACAUACAGUGAACUUUAUCCACAUAAUCAUUAAUUUGUACUCAUAUGUAUAUUUUAAUAAAAUUGUCAUAUUUAU